CGCGCUUCAUGGCGCCACUAUCGCUUCCACGGGUACCGUUCGUUUUCUCAGCGCAUGUCAUUUGUGCUUCUUUUGGAAUCAUUUGCCAUCUUGGACACAUCCUGCACGGUUGGACAUAAGACACACGAUGGCUGACAUCGAUGACACUCAUUUUGAAACUGGGGACUCUGGCGCUUCGGCCACCUAUCCCAUGCAAUGCUCGGCCCUGCGCAAGAACGGCUUCGUCAUGCUCAAGUCUCGACCUUGCAAGAUUGUCGAAAUGUCAACUUCCAAAACUGGCAAACACGGACACGCCAAAGUGCAUUUGGUAGGCAUUGAUAUUUUUACAGGUAAAAAAUAUGAAGAUAUAUGUCCCUCAACACACAAUAUGGAUGUCCCGCACGUUAAGCGCGAGGACUACCAAUUGACUGAUAUCUCUGAUGAUGGCUAUUUGUCUCUCAUGUCUGACAAUGGUGACCUGCGUGAGGAUCUUAAAGUUCCAGAAGGGGAUGUGGGGGCCCAACUACGCGCUGAGUACGACGCCGGCAAGGAUAUCCUGUGUACAGUGCUCAAAUCUUGCGGCGAGGAGGUGGUAAUUGCUGUGAAAACAAACACUGCGCUUGAUAAAUAAUACCGAUCAUGUGACGUGGGGGCCAUAGCCUGUUUUCACCAAGUCCAGAGGCCUCCACUGCCGCUAAGCUAUAUAAUUAUCGUAUUGGACCAGUUAUAUCAACAGCUUACCUACACCAGGUGGACUCGCAGGUCGUCAAUGUGGUGUUUACAUUUUACAUCUAUUUGUACUUUUGUUGGCGAAAUUCAAAUGCAAAAGCUACAAUUAUGUUCAAUAAAAAUUUAAUUUAAUUUUAAA